AUGGCUACUACUGAUAACUGGAUUAAAUUAUAUCGAUGGUGUCAAGAACAUUUAAAAUCCCAUUUUGUUUCAUCAUCAAUAUUUAAUAAUCAUCACCAAUUACAUCGUCGUUCAUCAUUGAUACCAUUUCGUUCAACAAAUAGUUCUUAUUCAAAAAAGAUCAAAAAACGUGCUUCAUAUAGUGAAAUUGAUGUAUAUCAAAUUGGCAACAAUGAUUUUCGAUAUGUACGUGAUAGUAUACGUGGCAAUAUACCUCAUGCAACACGAAUAACAUCAACAACUAUAUCUAAAGAAAGAUAUCAAGUUCAAAAAGCAACAACGUGUAAUAAAUCAUCGGAAGAAAUUUUAUCUAAUGAAAAUAAAUUUAUAUCUUCGAAAUUAACAUCGAUGCAUAAAAAACGUAAUAAUAGAUCUCGCCGUUUUUCACUUGCUAAAGUUGAUUUAUCAGCUGUGAAUUCAAAUGGAACAAAAGAUGAACAAAAAUCAACAACGUCAUCUAGUAGUUUUAAUAUUAUUCAAAAAUUACUUUUUCGACAAAUUAAUCCUAAAACUCGACCUUAUACAAUAGAAGCUUCUUCUGAUGAUACUAUAUCUACAGCAAAAGUACCAAAGGAAACACCUACUAAUCUUCGAACGGCUAGUCCAGUAUGUUCAAAACAGUCUGGAACUAGUUCAUCAUCUUCUAAUAGUUCUAAACAAAAUAACUGUCAUGGAAGAGAACCUUUAUUAUCAUUGCCACCUAAUAAAAUACAAUCUAAAAGUCAUCAAUCGGAUUUAAAUUCAUAUUUAUCUAAACGUCGUAAUACAACUGGAAGUAUAUCAUUUAAUAAAAUUGUUGAUGCUAAAAAUACAUCAAGUGGAAAUACUCUAUUAGCAACAGCUGUUAAUGCAUUUAAUAAUUCAAAUAACAAACUAUCAAUUGAAAAAGAUAUUUUUCAAACAGUCGAAGAUGCAGAUUUUCCUGUGACAAAACAAUUAAUUCAAACAAAUGAAAAUAUUGUUAAUUUAUAUAAUGAAUAUGAUUGGCGUCCAUUGGAUAUUGCUAUAAUGCUUAAUAAUAUUUUAAUGAUACAACUUCUUUUACAAUAUGGUGCUGAAGAAAGUUCAAAAAUUCAAUCGGAAAAAUCUCGUUAUCAAAGUGUUUGUCAUCAAUUAUCAAUUCUUAGUGAACAAAAUUCUGAUGAUUCAAUUAAAAAAUCUCCAUCAAAUAAAUUAGCACCUGACGAUGUUCAAUCGCGUCGUUCAUCACCAUUAUCUGACAAACAACAACGUCGUCGUCGUACAAGUAAAAGUUACCAACAACAGCAACUCAAUCAACAACGUUCAUUAACAUUAAUUCAAAUGAAAGAUAAUUAUGAACAAACAGGUAAAUAUCACAAGAUAUAA